CAUAACCUACCUAUUUCAAUUUUUUAACCUGUUUUCUGAUCAAAUAAACAAGAUGACUGGAUAAGUGGAUAACUUUAGUACAUCUAAGAGCAUAUUAAUAGAAUAUUUUUUUCACCAUGUCAGUUCAUAUUCUUGGGGGAGGAGUGAGUGGAUUAUCAGCAGCAUAUUACCUCUGUCGAAAGAUUUCUCCAAAAACAAUUUCGAUUUGGGAGGCUACUAAAAGAACUGGUGGUUGGAUUCAAUCACAUAAAACAGAGAAGGGAAUAAUUUUCGAACAGGCUGCUAGGACUUUGCGACCUAGAACAGAAACAGGAGAAAAUACUUUGAAGCUAAUUGAAGAACUACAGCUGACAGACAAAAUUAGACCCGUACUUGCUAAUAGUCCUGCUGCUAAAAAUCGAUUAAUAUAUGUAAAUGGAAAGUUGCAUUCUUUACCUUCAUCUUUGUUCAGUCUUUUCAAGACCCAGUCACCAUUUUCCAAACCCCUUAUUACAAAUAUUUUCAAUGAACACAAACAGCCUGUUAAGAUAGUUGAAGAUGAAUCUAUAUAUGACUUCAUAAAUAGAAGAUUUGGUAGUGAGAUGGCAGAUUAUAUGAUGAGUCCUUUGAUUUGUGGAAUUUGUGCGGGUAAUGCUAAAGAAAUAAGUGUUAAUUUCCUAGUUUCUCACUUAUUCCAAUAUGAACAGAAAUAUGGUAGUAUAUCCAAAGGACUUUUAAAAAAAGUUUUCUCUCCUAAGAAAAAUUCUACUACAUCAAGAUUAUCAGAAAGGGUCAGAAGAGAAAAAUGGAGUGUGUAUUCAUUUGAGAAUGGCUUAGAAACAUUGCCAAACAAAUUAGAUGAGGUGAUAUGUUCUAAAGGAGUACAAAUAAAUCUCAAUACUAAAUGUGAAAAAGUAGAAUUUUCAGGAAAAGAAGUUGUAGUUCAUAGUCAAGAUAAUUCACUUAAAUCUAAACAUUUAGUUAGUACUUUAUUGUCAGGAACACUAGCUCCAUUAAUUUCUGAUCAGCACCCUCAGUUAUCUCAUCUAUUAAAACAAAUUCAAAGUGUUGAUGUAACAGUUGUUAACUUUCAUUUUAAGGAUAGUCUCAUAAAAAAUCCAGGAUUUGGUUUGUUAGUACCUCCAAAAGAGAAUUUACCAAUAUUAGGUAUAAUUUUUGACAGUUGUUGUUUCAAUCAGAAUAAUGAUACUGUUUUAACUGUUAUGAUGGGGGGAUUUUGGUUCAAACAGUAUUUUGGAGAUUUUAAGAAAGACGAAGAGUUUUAUGAUGUUGCUCUUAAUUAUAUUAAAAAGAUUUUAAAAAUUAAUGAAAUGCCUUCUGAGUAUAAAGUGAAUGUUUUAAAGAAUUGUAUUCCUCAGUACACAGUUGGCCAUAGAAAAACUGUAAGCAAGAUCAAAGAUUAUCUUAAAAGUUCUGAACUACCUCUAUCACUUUGUGGAAUGUCAUAUGAUGGGGUUGGUGUGAACGAUGUGAUUUUAUCUGCUAAGAAUUGCGUUGAAAAUUUAAAUGAGAAAAGCUAGUAUGCAAUAGUUGUCAAAUUAUUCAAGACUUAUAUGGUCAGCAUUUCAACAUUAAUUUAUUGAAUACUGGUAUAUUCUAAAUGGGAUUUUUUUAUAAUGACUUCUUAAUUUGUCUCAAUCUUGGUGAUCUCAUCACCUUUAAAAGCUGUUCCCUUUAAUCAGUAUGAUGAAAUUUUGAACUUAGCACAGGGACUAUAAUUUCAGUUCAAAACUCUGUGCAGAAUUUCUGGAAUCUUGGAAGAACGAAUCCCCAAAAAAUAACUUGGAUAAUUCACGCUACCAAGAUAAAUCUUUAUUUUCCGAAAAUAUACACUUUUUCAAAAAUUUACAAGAAGGAACAUAAAUUUAAAUCUUAGUUGUUGUAUUUCAACAAUAUUCUUGAAUAUCUUUUUAUUUUGAAAGAACUCAAGGAAAAAUCUCGCCAUAACAAUAAUAUCAAAACUGUAUUGGCUUUUUCAUUUCAUUUUAUGCUCGAUAAGUUUUUUCAAUUUUACUACAAGGUAUAGCCAUGGUAAUUUAAUUAAUUUUAUUUAUGUAAAUGCACAAAAAAAAUUUCCCUCAGAAAUAAAUGGAGUUAUUGUACAGCCUACCAAAUAAAAAAUGACUAUGUUAAGGCAGGUUAAUCUUCAAUGUUGCAUAACUAAUUCCUUUCUUGAGUAAUGCCUUGUCUAGAUAAGCAAAAAAUAUUAUUAUGUCCAAAACGUGCAUGUGUUACAAUAAAUAUUGAUGAAAAUUUAAUUAAAAGGUGUGGUUAACAAAAAUUUCAAGCUUUUGGAAAUGUUGAGGAUAUUAGGAGAAACUGUUAGUUCAGUGAAAAACCAGAAAUACAUUUUAAAUAACAAAAACCAUAAUAAUAAUGAUCUGCAAGUGAG